GGGGAAAUAGAUUACCUCAGCUAAAGAGGGCUGGGACUAUAGGAAGCAAAGGCCCAGAGGCUCUGGGUUCCUGAGACAGAGCAGCCUCCUCCUCCAGAUAAGAGCAGUCGCCUGCAGGUCACCGGCUCGCCUUAAAGAGACCCUAGCUUAUGCAAAGGUGAGGAAGGCGAGGUGUGAGGCGGCUAGACGCCAGAGGAGCUUAUUACUAAUGAUCGAGUUAGGAGUAGAUCCCCCACCCCCAAUCCCGCUACCCGCGAUUGAAGCAAGGGGCGCUGUGCUACGGAGUACACCACCUAAAAUUUUCCCAGGCCGGGCUCGAACCUGGAAUCUACGUGCGGGAAUUUACAGGCUUGCGCCACCCGCCGGCAACGAGACGUUUCAUUGGCUGGCGCGGCCCCUCCCCGCGUCUUCAGCCGGUCCGCACGCCCCGCCAAUCCCGCGCGGGGAAGGGGGACGUGGGCGCGGCGACCCGAGCAGCGUCCGGGCGGCAAUGGAGGACGAGCAGCCCGACAGCCUGGAGGGCUGGGUGCCGCUGCGCGAGGGUCUGUUCGCGACUCCCGAGCGGCGCCGGCUGCGCUUCCUGGUGGCCUGGAACGCGGCGGAGCGCCAGUUCGCUGUGACCUGCCAAGACCGCUCGGCGACGGGCCGGACGCGGGGCUGGGCCGGGCUGCUCUCGGCCGCGGGGCUGCGCGGUCAUGGUGCCAUCCGUGCUGCCCAUUCUGCUGCGCAGGGAAGAUGUCAGUCCCCGGAUUUGUGCCCGGUCCUUCAAGAGCAUGAGAAAACCAACACUAUGGUAGCAUUAAUGGAACUUUAUCAAAAGGAAGAUAAAGCAUAUCACGAAUUGGUUGUGGCGGCAACCAUGCUUUCCCAGUAUUUACUGCAGCCGUUUAGGUUUCAGCGAGAACUUGCAACUUCAAGUAAGCUUAAUAUUUUGAAGUCCCUGGAUGAGGAUGAGCUGGGUCCUCAGAGGGUUACCGCUCUGCAGAAGGAAGCCCAAAAAUUGUCGAUCCAGGCUGAAGAAGCUAUUGCCUCUAUUCAAGAUAUCACUGUGAAAUAUUUUAAGGAUACAGUUGAGGUACUAACAGAAAUGCAGAAACACAUGGCAGAGGAUAGCAAGCGAUUUGGCCAGGCUGCCUGGGCCACCGCCAUCCCCAGGUUAGAGAAACUCAAGCUCAUGCUUGCUCGAGAGACCCUGCAACUCAUGCGAGCCAAAGAGCUGUGUUUAAACCACAAAAGAGCUAAGAUUCAGAGACAGAUGGAAGAUCUUCCGGAGCAAAGGAAAAAGACCAUGCAUGUUGUAGAUGAAUUAGAAAUACAGUAUUAUGAAAUUCAAUUGAAACUAUAUGAAGUUAAGUUUGAGAUACUAAAAAAUGAAGAGACACUUCUUGUUACACAGUUGGACUCUGUGAAAAGGCAUAUAAAAGAGAAAGAGGAUGAAGUUGUCUAUUACGAUACGUGUGAAAAUCCGGAAGAACUUCAGGUGCUAGGCAGCGCUGCAGCCCCGCAGGCCAGCGAGAGUGCGGAGGAGCUUCAAGGGCUCAGGCUGCGACUCCGGCAGCUGGAGAGGCAGAGGGGCGGAAUCUGCACCCGGAGGGCGAAGCUCAGGAACCGGAAGGAUCAAUGCAAAGAAAAUCAUCAACUCCGAUUGCAACAGGCUGAAAAAAAUGUCCAAUAUCUGAACAAGCAUCACAGCAUUCAAAUGAAAAGAGAGAAAAUGAAAGAAGAGGAACAGAAGAAAAAAGAAUGGGUAAACCAUGAACGCCAGAAAACCCUCCGGCGAGUAAGAGCGUAUAAAGAGAAAUGUCCAGCUCGGUCCGUACUGCAGACCUUUCCCUCGGAGCCUGCAGCCCCAAGCCCACCAGGAGACCUUGCCCAGCAGCUGCCCUCGCCGGCUGCUCAGCCAGGGGCAGCAGCUCUCCCGCCCUCCUGGAAGACCAGGCGCGCUUCCCCCUUACAUGAAGUGAGUGACAGGAAAACCCCCGAGUGUCAAGACUGGCCUGGAAACAUCGCUGUCCAGGUGCCUGUCCCGGCUGGUCACCAGACACUCACCGGAUCCAGUAAGGCACUGUCACCACCGCCACAGCCUCCUCCUCCUCCGCCACCACCACCACCACCGCCACCGCCACCGCCACCACCAUCUGCCCCUGCUCUGUCCUCCCGUUCCCAAACUGCCACUCCUCGGAACCCAGGACCCAGGACUCUGGUGGAUGAUGACCAGCCACAUUCUCUGGUGUACGAGUCAUCUGCUGAAAGCUUGAGUGGCUCCUUGGAAACUGCUCCAGGCCCAGGAUCUAUGGACGAAGUUCUGGCCUCCUUGAGAAAAGGCAGAACUCGCCUCCAGAAAACAGAAGGGCGAGCUCAGCAGCCUUCCCGAGCCUCCGUCAAUGAGGACAUCCUGGCAGCCAUCAGGCAGGGAGUCAAGCUGAAGAAAGUGCCCCAGGGCCUAGGCGCGGGCCCCAGCGCCCGGCCAGCCAGCGACCUGGAGAGAAGCAUCAAGGCGGCUCUGCAGAGAAUCAAGCAAGUGUCUGCUGACUCGGAGGAGGACAGCGACGAGCAGAGCCCUGGCCAGUGGGACCAUUAGGGUCUGCCCCAUGUGAGACAAAGCAGAUGGCCACACAGUGCCCCAAAAGACCAGCCAGGCUUUGGGUGAGAUGUCACAGCCCUCGGGAAGCAGAGCUGUGGUGACUGCCUCAUGCUAAGCCCGCUCUGAGUGAAAUCAGUGAGUGUCGCUGGCCGCGGGCAGCAGCCCUCGCUUCUCACCUUGGUCACAGAAUCACCCCCCGGGCUGGGGAGUUUACAUGUCCCGUGGACAGCACUGUCAGACUGUGCCCUCCUGUGCGUGAGCAACAGAGCUUCCUCCACUUUAAAGGUCUGAAUGUGAACGUUUAUUUUAGCAAUAAUCAGAGUAAACUGUUUAUAUUCAGGAAUUAUUUUAAGUAUUUUAGUGAAACGGAUAAUUCAAGCACUAUAUAAAUGCAUAAUAAAGAA